CAUAUACCACUCCUAACAACAAUGUGGGCAAGAAUAGGAGACAGAGGGGGAGGAGAGGGAAAACAUGUCACUCGAUUCCAUAACCACUAAACCUAACACAGGUGUUUCCAAAGCAAUUUGGGGCGUCCAUGAUAAUAUACUCAGUAAAUCGCCGUGCGUAGGCAUAGAUCUGCCCACCAUUUGGCUGGCAGUAGACAUAACCCCACAAUAAU